AAAUUUUAAUGCUGACUAGGUCACACACAUAGUUCCACUUUUUGCUGACUCUAUUCUUGAUUCUUUUCUAAGCAAAUAACAAUUCAAUUCGGUAAGAAUUUUACAGAAAAAAGGGUCUGAGGGAGUGACAGUGGAGUGGACCAGAGUAAGUGGGAAGUUAUGGGAAGAACAUGGGGGGCUGAUACUGAUAGUUAUACUUACACCCCCUUCUCAUGUCUGGUUUUCCCGCACACCUUUUUCCUCCACACUCAAAAAGCCUAGUGUCUUAUAUCAAACUGGUCGUUUUUUUUUUCUUUUUUGCACCGAAACCAUUAAAAAAAAUGCAUGUAUGGUUCACAGAAAUCUCCCAAGAACAUCCACUUGUAUUAUAUAUACAUGAACUCAGCCUUCCUACUUUUGCAUGUCUUUCCACGGUUUAUAUAUAUGCUGCCACCAGCUGGUUGUUGUUAGUGCUUGGUUUUGUUGCUCUAAAAGUUUCAUUCUACUUGCUGAAACUUACAUAUCCACAUUUCUUUCUUGUCUUUUCACUCAUUUGUCCACAUCCACAGUUCUUGUUUUCGGUCCGGCUCUUGGUUCUCAACAAAAAGGGAACAAACAUCUCUUGUCAAGUAAUUUUCACUGUGACAGUACCCAAAUAUCCUGUUUCCCUACUAAACAAGAAUGGUUGCGUUUCGUCUGUUUGUACUCGUCCUUUAUUUCACUUUUGGAGUAAUCAUGUUUGGUGGGCAAGCCAGAUACCAUCACCACCACAGAAGACACAAGCAUUCUCAUCACGCAUCCCAAAUUUCAAUGCCUCCUUCGCCUCCCCCUGAGGCUUCUGCCCCAUCUCCUGAUGAAAAUUCAAACAACCAUAACAGUAUAUAUGACGUUAGAAAUUUUGGUGCGGUCGGUGAUGGUGUGACAGAUGAUACUGAAGCAUUCAAGACUGCAUGGGAUAGUGCCUGCCAAACUGAAGCCGGGAUCCUACUCGUCCCCUACGGUUACAUUUUCAUGAUUCAGUCUACUAUAUUCACUGGUCCUUGUGAAAGCGGCUUCGUUUUUUGGGUUGAUGGAACUAUAAUGCCACCUGAUGGACCGGACUCCUGGCCGAAGAAUUACAGCAGGCGCCAGUGGCUGGUUUUCUAUAGAGUUGAUGAGAUGUCGCUCCAAGGAGGAGGUCUAAUUGAUGGCAGGGGUGAGCAGUGGUGGAAUUUACCCUGCAAACCUCACAAGGGAGCUAACGGAACUACACUGCGGGAACCAUGUGAUAGUCCAAUUGCUAUAAGAUUCUUUAUGAGCAACAAUUUGACAGUCCAAGGACUCAAGAUUAGAAACAGCCCACAGUUCCAUUUCAGAUUUGAUAACUGCAGGAAUGUUCAUAUAGAAUCAAUUCACAUAACUGCUCCAGCUUUAAGUCCCAACACAGAUGGGAUUCAUAUAGAGAACACAAACAAUGUUGAAAUAUAUAAUUCAGUAAUCUCGAAUGGGGAUGAUUGUGUAUCCAUAGGAUCAGGCUGCUAUGAUGUAGACAUUAGGAAUUUAACAUGCGGACCAGGCCACGGCAUCAGCAUAGGGAGCUUAGGCAACCACAACUCGCGUGCCUGUGCUUCCAAUAUUACAGUUAGGGAUUCUGUGAUAAAGAAUUCAGACAACGGAGUGAGGAUCAAGACAUGGCAAGGAGGUUCUGGAGCUGUAUCAGGCGUGACAUUUGAGAACAUUCACAUGGACAACGUCAGAAACCCGAUGAUAAUCGAUCAGUUCUACUGCUUGAGCAAAGAUUGUGCGAAUCGCACGUCAGCAGUGUAUCUAUCUGAUAUACAGUAUGUGGGGAUCAAGGGAACUUAUGAUAUCAGAAGCCCACCAAUGCAUUUUGCUUGCAGUGAUUCUGUACCAUGCACAAACAUAACAAUUUCGGAUGUAGAGCUGCUUCCGGCUAAAGGAGAUGUGGUUUUGGAUCCUUUUUGUUGGAAUGCUUACGGAGAACUGCAGACAUUAACUAUUCCACCUGUGUCCUGCUUGUUAGAGGGCAUUCCGCAGUCUGUCUUGGACAAUGAUAUUGGCUAUUGCUAAAAGACUAGGUUCCGCUCCUCAUCUCUGCUAGCUAUAAUAUAUAUGUGUACAUAGCUAGGAUGAAAUCAUGGAUGGAGGAGGGGCGUAUUAUGAAUCCCUCUUCAUCGAUUGUGCUUGUUUAUCAUUGUGUUGCAUGCUUAGGAACCUCCUUAUGAGAUGCUGUUUGUGAAGAUGGUAUUCUUGUCCUCCACUAUUUCAUGUGACUAAUUUCUAAUCCCAAGUUUCACCCAUUUAGGAAUAUUUGAGGCAAACGGAUUAUUCCA